ACAACACCACCACCCGUCACCCUCUCUCUCUCUCUCUCCUCUAUCUUUCUCUCUUCUCCCCUAUCCUUCUGAUAUAAUGUGAUUAGUGUAGUUGAUCCGCUACGGUUUAGCUCUCUCUGUCUCUCUCUGUCUCUUUCUUCUAUAUAUCUCUGUCUCCCACACAGGUGAUAUUCUCAGUGUCUGACUCACCCUACUCUUCUGACCCAGCUAAUCUCCCACUUAUCUAGGGGGAGGAGAGGGGAGGCGGCAGGGAGAGAAACACGGGGACAGAGAGAGAGAGAGAGAGAGGGAGGGAAACAACAGCGGAACAGACAAGAUAAAGAGAGAUGAAGAGAAAACGAUAACGGGAACGGUUUGUGGACAACGAGAAAGAAAGGAAAGAAAGAGGAGGAGCUUAAGGAGACGGAGAGAGAGAGAGGACUACAGACUACAGUCUGAAGUAGACCAUGGUAGAUUUGUUCCUAGGUCGUUCACUAGUAUGUAACAACAGAGACCGUGUUGAGUACGAUACGGAACGGGAGGUCAUACUCCGUCUCCAGAACCGGAUCCUGCUCCUGUUCUUCGGUUCAGUAGACAGCCAACGGUGCAAGGAGUUCGUCCCCACACUUAAGGACUUCUUCAAGCGUCUAACAGAUGAGUUCUACGUGGAACGCUCCGCCCAGUUGGUCCUUCUGUACAUCAGCCUGGACCAAUCAGAGGAGCAGCUGGAGAACCUCCUCAAAGAGCUGCCCAAGAAAUGCCUGUUCCUGACCCACAAUGACCCCUAUCGCAGAGAGCUGGAGUCUAUGUUUGAGGUGGAGGAUGUACCGAGGGUGGUGGUGCUGCGUCCAGAUUGUUCUGUUCUAUCUCCCAACGCUGUCUCUGAGAUAAGCAGCCUCGGAACCAACUGUUUCCACAACUGGCAGGAAUCAGCUGAGCUUAUCGAUAGGAACUUCAUGCUGAACGAGGAGUUUGAUGACAAAAAGAUGCGGAGCGUCACUGACCCGAUACGCCGCCUCAAAUACAAGGUGAAGAAGAAGAAGAGGAGGCGGUGGGGGUGGGCCAACCAGAAGGGUGUCCUCAGCCCCAGGCCUACCAGGAGGGUGUCCUCUGACCCCUCAGCCCCAGGCCUACCAGAAGGGUGUCCUCUGACCCCUCAGCCCCAGACCUACCAGAAGGGUGUCCUCUGCCCCAGGCCUACCAGAAGGGUGUCCUCAGCCACAGGCCAACCAGAAUGGUGUCCUCUGACCCCUCAGCCCCAGACCUACCAGAAGGGUGUCAUCAGCCCCAGGCCUACCAGAAGGGUGUCCUCUGACCCCUCAUCACCAGACCUACCAGAAGGGUGUCCUCUGACCCCUCUGACCCAGGCCUACCAGAAGGGUGUCCUCUGA